GAGAAGUUGCAGUUACUGAAUUCAAUGGUUUCAUUUCACACUAACCUACCCCACCUCCUUACUCUCUCUCUCUCUCUCACUGAAAGUGUGUAUCUUGCAAAGUCAGUCUUGGUCAUUUCUAAAUAACGUGUUAUAGUGCGGGCAACAGCCUGUACAAGUCAUUCCCCAAAGAUAAGUUUAAGACCUGUGACAACGAAGUUCUCAUCGCUGAGCUUCCAGAUCUAAUCUCUCUUUCUUUUUAGUUUUCAAGUUUAUUCACAAAACUCUCUGUUUCCACAACUACGAGGAAAGCAGCCAUCGUUGGGUAAUCCCUUUUUGGUUUUCUAAGGAAUUCUGGUUCAUGAUUCACACUACCAAAUGUUCAUCAUGAGAUUUUCUUUCACUUAUUUUUUACUUUAUUUAUCUAGUUUAAAGAUAGGCCCAUGUUAAAAUUAUGUUUGUGUUUAGGAAAUAAAUCAUGGAUGGGGCUUGUGGUAGUAAAAGAAAGAGGGGAGGUAGACCGAAAAGUAAAUACUGGAAUGAAGCUGGAAAGAUAGGAAAAGAUAUGUGGAAGUGCAACCACUGUAAAGAGAAGUUUAGUGGAGGUGCUACAAGGAUUGAAGAACAUAUCACUGGCAAAGGAAAUAGUAUCAGAAAAUGCUCCAAGUAUCCUGGUCAUGAAGGAGGUCACAACAUCAUUGCUUCCGGUUCAACCAGUCCACGAGAAGCACUACAUACAUUGAAUCAAUUACGAGAAGAUGAAAUUAACUUGGGAGACCAGAUAGUGGAGCAUGAUUCUGCUGCAUUUGAAAAGGCGUUUUUUUAUCCAAAGGGGGACCCUGAUGCUGUUUGUAUCAGAAAUAGCGAUAUUGAGCUUUUACAGCCUGAGAAAUGCCUUAAUGAUAAUAUCAUUGACUUUUAUAUCAAUUAUUUGAAAAAUAAACUCCCAACUGAUAAACAGGACAGGUUUCACUUUUUCAAUUGCUUUUUCUUUCCUAAGCUUGUUGAUUUAAGCACAGAUAAUCCAUCAAUUGCUUCUGAUGGUAAAGCAGCAUUUCAGCGUGUAAGCAAAUUGACAAGAAAAGUGAACCUUUUUGAAAAGGAUUAUAUCUUCAUCCCCAUAAACUAUAGUCUUCACUGGAGUUUGAUUGUCAUUUGUCACCCUGCUGAAGUCAUGACAUGCUACAGAGAUGAAGAAACUAAGGGAUCUCCCAAAGAAGCUUGCAUCUUGCACAUGGAUUCCCGAAAAGGAAUUCAUCAAGAUCUCCACAAUGUUUUCCAAAGUUAUCUAUGUGAAGAAUGGAAAGAGAGGCACAACAAUGUGAGGGAUGAUGAUGUUUCUUCUAUAUUUUUACAUCUUCCAUUCGUGCCACUUGAGCUGCCUCAGCAACAAAAUGCAUACGAUUGUGGCAUCUUUUUGCUCCACUAUGUGGAACGUUUUCUGGAACAAGCUCCAAUCAACUUCAACCGUUCCAUGAUAAGCAAGUUCAGUUAUUGGUUCCCUCCACCAGAUGCUCCUCUGAAACGAUCUCAUAUACAGAAACUAUUAAUAGCGGCUGAAGGAGACAAUAAAAUGAUUGUUGGUGGUUCAGUUAACCCUCAAAACAGUACAAAAUUGUCAGCUGCUUUAUUAGGAGGUGAUGUAGAAGAUCAUACUGUGAACGGAGGUAGCAAUGGUGACGAUGCUUUGACUAUAAAUCAGUUGUUAUCCAAACUAACAAGGGAAGAAGACUGGUUACAUUGGCGGGAGUUCCAGGGCAAUAAGCGCAAGAGACAAGAUGACGAUUGGUUGGAUAAACUAAAGGACCUUAAAAAAAGAGCUAUUGAUGUGAAAAACUCACUGCAUCAGUCUGGGUCGACUAAUGAAUUGGAUGAGCCUUCUGAAUUGGAUAUUGAGUUUGAUGUAUUAUUGAUACAGAAGCCUUGGGGGUUGCGAGAUAAAAAUGUGAAGAAGAUGUGGGAUCUUCUGGAGGAUGAGGAAGUCUUCAUUAUUGGCAUAGAUGGAAUGGGGGGAGUUGGAAAAACAUUCAUGGCAACUCAUAUCAAGAAUGAGAUUAAAAGAAAGGGGACUUUCAAGGAUGUCUUCUGGGUCACUGUUUCCCAUGAUUUCACCACUUUCAAAUUGCAACAUGACAUUGCAGAAACAAUACAGGUUAAGCUUUACGGAGAUGAGAUGACUAGAGCAACAAUUUUGACGUCAGAGUUGGAGAAAAGAGAAAAAACACUGCUAAUUUUGGAUGAUGUUUGGGAUUAUAUUGAUCUGCAAAAGGUGGGGAUUCCUCUUAAAGUGAAUGGCAUUAAAUUGAUUAUCACAACUCGUUUGAAACAUGUGUGUCUACAGAUGGAUUGCCUACCAAAUAAUAUAAUAACAAUACCCCUUAAUAUAAUAACAGAAGAAGAAGAAGAAGAAGCUUGGGAAUUAUUUUUGCUAAAACUUGGGCACCGUGGAACACCUGCAAGACUUUCCCCUCAUGUGCUAGAGAUUGCAAGAUCUGUUGUAAUGAAAUGUGAUGGUUUACCACUUGGAAUCAGUGUGAUGGCUCGAACCAUGAAAGGGAAAAAUGAGAUCCAUUGGUGGAGACAUGCAUUGAAUAAACUUGACAGAUUGGAAAUGGGAGAAGAGGUCUUAAGCGUACUAAAACGUAGCUAUGACAAUUUAAUUGAAAAGGACAUCCAAAAAUGUUUCUUACGGUCUGCACUGUUUCCUACUAUUAUUAGGAAAGAGGAAUGGGUUACGAUGGUUGUUGAGAGUGGGUUGUUAAAUGGAAAGAGGAGUUUGGAGGAAACAUUUGAUGAGGGACGCGUCAUAAUGGAUAAACUCAUUAACCAUUCUUUGUUGUUAGAUCGUGGGAGUUUACGAAUGCAUGGUCUGGUGAGGAAGAUGGCGUGCCAUAUCUUGAACGACAAUCACACUUACAUGAUAAAAUGUGAUGAAAAUUUGACAAAGAUACCUCAGAUGCGGGAAUGGACAGCUGAUCUGGAGGCAGUUUCUUUGGCGGGUAAUGAGAUAGAAGAAAUAGCAGAGGGCACAUCACCUAAUUGUCCAGGCUUGUCCACCUUGAUUUUAUCUCAUAAUUUGAUCAGUCAUAUUCCCAAGUGUUUUUUCAGACACAUGAAUGCUCUAACACUACUUGAUUUAUCAUGUAAUCGUAGAUUAACAUCUUUGCCAAAGUCGCUGUCUAAGUUGAGGUCUCUUACUUCUUUAGUGCUCCGUCAAUGUUCAAAAUUGAAAGAUAUACCUCCACUGGGAGAUCUACAAGCAUUGUCAAGAUUGGACAUUUCAGGUUGUGAUUCGCUCCUCAGGGUACCGGAAGGCUUGCAAAAUCUAAAAAAGUUGCAAUGCCUUAAUCUUUCCCGCGAUUUGUAUUUAUCAUUGUUACCCGGAUGCGCACUGCCCGGUUUGAGCAAUAUGCAAUAUCUGGAUCUCCGGGGUUGGUCAGGUAUAAAAGUAGAAGAUGUAAAAGGGAUGACUAUGCUUGAAUGUUUUGCAGUAAGCUUUCUCGAUCAGGAUUGCUACAACCGUUAUGUGCAAGAAAUUCAGGACACUGGUUAUGGACCUCAAACCUAUUUUAUCUAUUUUGGAAAAUUUGAUGAUUACACACUUGGAUUUUCUGAGAAUCCUAUUUAUCUUUGUCUUGAAUUCAAGCGUCGAAGGGUAUGUUUUGGAGAUUGCGAUGAAUUACCCUAUUUACUGCCAAGAGACCUUGCGGAAUUACUUGUAAGUGGCAAUCAUCAAUGGGAAUGCUUAUGUGCUGCUCUGUCAUCUAAUGGUUCUCUAUCUUUCAAGGACAUUGACAUUGGAUACUGCACAAAAUUGAAGAGUUUAUUCUGUGUAUCUUGUUCCUUAUGCACUAAUAUCCAAAACCUCAAAUCUUUGAAACUUAAUAAUUUGGAUAGUUUAAGUGUCAUCUGCAAGGAAGAUGUUGCUGGUUUAACACAAUCUUUAUCUCGGAGGGGGGUGUUUUCUCAUCUCAAGGAAUUGAGUAUCGAUGGAUGCCAUCAGAUAGAGAAGUUGCUGACGCCAGGGUUAGUGCCACAACUUCAAAACCUGGAGUCUAUAUCGGUAUCGGACUGCGAAUCAAUAAAGGAGAUAUUUGCAGGAGAUAGUUCCGACAACAUUGCACUUCCCAAGUUAACCAAAUUGCUACUACGCUGGUUACCAGAAUUAAAGACGGUAUGCAAAGGAAUUUUACUCAUUAACUCUGAGGAUAUAUUGGAAAUCGACUAUUGUCCCAAUCAUGAAAAACCCAGAAUUAGUCUUUGUAUUCGUAAUUCUUGUAAAGAAAAAACAAAAUCAUAAUUUGCUUUGUGAAAUAGUAUACUGGCUUUUAUUGGUACCAUUCAUAAUCGGUUCGGGGAAGAAUGUAUUUCCGGGCAUUGCAAUUUCAUAUGGUGGAGGAAGGUUUGGCAAGUAUCCAACACCUCCCUCUCCGGUCUCCACUCUCUCGUUAAUUCACUACUCAUUUUACCAUUACCCA